CAACAACAACAACAACAAGAAGCAGAUCCUUGCCAUAGUAUUGAUUUUAAGUGAAAAAUUAAAGAUAAAAGAAAAAGGACGACAUACACCAGUUUUUUCCAUUCUACAAAAAAGUACAAGCAGGAGCAAAGAAUAUACAUACCAGUUUAACAUCAGUGUUUGCCAGAAAAGUGAUUGUGAUUGUGCUUUGUGAUUGUGACGAAAAGAACACUUUAUUCUGUUCUCCAUGUUUACUGUUUGGUGGAGACUCCUCAUGGAAGAGAAGUGGCGUGACUGACUUAAGGCAUUUACCACAAAAAGUAAUGAAACAUGAGCAGUCAUUCAAGCAUAUAAAUAACGUUAUUGAUUUGUCAGUGUUGGGUAAAGUGAAUGUUGCAGCUCAGCUAGCAACGUCUCCACCAGCAGGACUGUGAUGACUUCUAUGGAUAAAGUGAAGCAAGAGGAAGACUUCCCAUAUUAUUUGGAAAUUUUUGAUUCAAUUAAAGAGGAAGACUCAGUUAUGGAGGCGCCUUCCCACACCAUCAAUGUCUGGACUGGCUUACACUACAAUAAUGCCAAUAACAUUAUUGAUGAAAACCUUAAAGUAAAGGAGGAGUUUGUCAAAGAAGAGUUUUAUGAAGAAGAAAUUAUAAGGAAUGGAGAUAUGACCUCAACUGUCUUGAAACAUAAGAGUUUUUUACCUAACUCUGAGGGUAAUAAUGCAGAAAAUUCACACAAAAAAGGUGAAGAGAAACAAGGAGAAAAUCUUCAGUGUGGGUUGGAAAUUUCAAAACCUGUUAGUAACUCAGUUAAAUAUUUACAAAGUAUUAACUUUUCACAGUUGAUUUUAAGUGAAAAAGUAAAGAUAAAAGAAAAAGGACGACAUACACCAGUUUUAUCAAUUCUACAAAAAAGUACAAGCAGGAGCAAAGAAUAUACACGUCAGUUUUGUGUCAGUGUUUACCAGAAAAGUGAAUGGCUUUGUGGGUGUGACAAAAAGAAUGCUUUAUUCUGUUUUCCAUGUUUACUAUUUGGUGGAGACUCUUCAUGGACAAAAAUUGGCGUGACUGACUUAAGGCAUUUACCACAAAAAGUAAUGAAACAUGAGCAGUCAUCCAAGCAUAUAAAUAACGUUAUUGAUUUGUCAAUGCUUGGUAAAGUGAACAUUGCAGCUCAAAUUGAUUCAGCAUACAAGAUUUCAAUAGCGAAACACAAUGAAGAGGUUGAAAAAAACAGAAAUGUAUUGUCCAAAAUUAUAAACUGCAUAAAAUUCUGUGGCAAAUUUGAGCUCCCUCUCAGAGGACAUGAUGAAACCUCAAGCUCCAAAAAUCCAGGUGUAUUUCGAGGCCUAGUUGAUUUUGCCUGUAGUUUGGAUUCUAGCUUAGAUGCUCAUAUACAUAAUGCUGCAGUGUUUAAAGGAACAUCAAAAUCAAUACAUAAUGAACUUUUAGAGUCUAUGUUAGAAAUUUGCAAAAACAAAAUCAAGGAAGAAGUGAAGAAUGCUGAAUACUUGGCAGUUAUGUGUGAUGAAACAAUGGAUAGUUAUGACAAAACACAAAUGGUGAUUGUUCUAAGGUACGAGCUAACAAGCUCAUUGCUCAAACUUACGAUGGUUGCAGCUGUGUUAAGUGGUGUCAACAAAGGUGUGCAAAAUAAAGUAAGAGAAGUGUAUACCAAUGCUCACUUUAUACACUGUUAUGGGGCACCAACUGAACUUUAUUCUUCAGCAGGUGACAUCGCAGAAUACUAA